AUGAGUUCUUACUUUGUAAACUCGUUCUCAGGACGCUAUCCUAAUGCCCCAGACUAUCAGCUGUUAAAUUAUGGGACCGGCAGUUCCAUGAACGGAUCUUAUAGAGAUCCAGGCAACAUGCACGCCGGCUCUUACGGUGGAUACAACUACAAUGGGAUGGAUCUGAGCAUCAGCCGUUCAACCUCCUCCUCCAGCCACUUUGGAACGGUUGGGGAGAGCUCCCGCGCCUUCCCUGCCCAAGCAGCGCCAGAAAGCAGGUUUAGACAGGCGUCUAGCUGCUCCUUGUCCUCUCCCGAGUCCCUCCCUUGCACCAGCAGCAGCAGCAGCAGCAGCAACAACAACAGCGGCAGCAACGGCGAGAGCCAUGGAGGCAAAGCAGCCUCGUCUUCCCCCGCCGAUCAGGCUGCCUCUGUCGGCACGGCCAACACCACCAAUUUUACAGAGAUAGACGAAACCAGCGCGUCCUCGGGAACCGAAGAGAGCGUCUCCCAAGUCAACAGCAACGGCGCCAGAGCUCAGACAGAACCCAUCGCCACGUCCACGCCAGCCACAGAAGGACAGAGCCCACAGAUAUUCCCCUGGAUGCGAAAGCUUCAUAUUAGCCAUGAUAUGACUGGACCGGAUGGUAAACGGGCCCGAACGGCAUACACUCGCUACCAGACCCUGGAAUUGGAGAAGGAGUUUCACUUUAACCGCUACCUCACCCGCAGAAGGCGAAUAGAAAUAGCCCACGCGCUGUGUCUCUCCGAAAGACAGAUAAAAAUCUGGUUCCAAAACAGGCGAAUGAAGUGGAAGAAAGAUAACAAACUCAAAAGUAUGAGUUUAGCGUCUGGUGGCAGCGCCUUUCAGCCAUAAAUUAUAUCAAGGAGGGAUAUGAAUGAAGGAAUAGAAGUGGGGUGGGGAAAAGAAAGAAGGAAGGAAGGAAGGAGAGAGAGAGAGAGAGAGAGAAAGUCUAAAACAAAAGAAGCAACAGCCAGUUUUUGAGUUUGGAGUACUGUAAAGUGAAGCACUUUCCAUUCAGCAUGCUGUUGAUUUUUUUAUUAUUAUUAAACAACUUCCGUGGUACUAUUAUUCCAGGACUGUGUCCUCCUUUGCUGCGAAUUCCCCUCUUUAAAUUAAAAAAAAUAAGGUUAUUUCCAGAGGCUUCUUUAAUGCUCUAGGUGUUCUAAAUGUUUGUGUCCGUGCUCUAACGAUGCUUUCUGGAAAAAGCUAGCAUGUUUUUUAUUUUUGUUUUUUAAUGUGCGCUCUUUAAAUGUUUUAACUUAUUUAUAAUCCACUGUGGAGAAGUAAUGAGGGAUUCUUUAAAAAGUUUACAUCUUUUGGAGGGAAUCCUACCUCUUUUCCUUCUUCUCAAGUCGGGGCAUCCUGUACUUCAAUGGCAGGGGGGGAAAUUGAAAACAUCAACCACAACAUUUUUAAAAAAUACAGUAUAUCUAUAUAUAAACUCAUGUAUCUUUCUGUCUUUGAAAUUGUCAAGUCUGUGAUUUGGUUCAUACUCUCUGGCCUUGCUUUGAUCCCAGGCCAGUUCUGAGAUUUUUUAUUAUUUUUUUUAAUAAAUGUGAGUGAAGUUCACUUAAAAAGGGUAUACGAUUGGACCAACCAUUGUAUGUUUAAAAUGUUUGUAAAUACUAGACAUAUUUCUGCAGUGACUAAUAGGAAGUUUUAGUGGGCAGGGUGAAUUCAGUGUUCUGUGUGUCUGAAAUGGCAUUUGUCAUGUCUAAGCUGCCUGUUCCCAUCUUUGCCAAGAAGCUUUUCGUAUCCGUUUGUAGCCUUAACUUGAAGUCAAAUAAACGUUUCUCCUGGCCA